AUGAGGACCCCUGAGCACGUCGAGGAGGCCGGCGCCACGCUGGGCCGGGACCUGGCGCCCCAGGGAAGGUACAUUUACCUGGAAGCCUUCCUGGAAGGAGGGGCUCCGUGGGGUUUCACGCUGAAAGGUGGCCUGGAGCACGGAGAGCCCCUGAUCAUCUCCAAGAUCGAAGAGGGGGGCAAAGCCGACUCUCCCAGUUCGAGGCUGCGGGCUGGCGACGAGGUGGUGCACAUCAAUGAGGUGGCGCUGAGUAGCUCCCGAAGAGAGGCUGUGUCCCUGGUGAAAGGCUCCUUCAAGACCCUGAGGCUGGUGGUGCGCAGAGAUGUGUGUGCAGACCCAGGCCAUGCAGAUACUGGUGUGCCUAACGCCCUCAGCCCAGAGCCCCACACCUCUGAACUGCAGCACAAGAAGGCAGCAUGGUCAGGAGGGGUUAAACUUCGGCUGAAGCACAGGCGCAGCGAACCUGCAGGCCGACCCCACUCGUGGCACAUGACCAAAUCUGGGGAGACCCUCGCCGAUGCCAGCAUGAUGCAGGUAUCUCAGGGCACGAUCGGCACUCCUUGGCAUCAAAGCUACCAUUCCAGCUCCUCGACAAGCGACCUCUCCACCUACGAGCAUGCAUAUCUGAGGCGGAGCCCUGACCAGUGCAGCUCCCAGGGCAGCAUGGAGAGCCUGGAGCCUAGUGCCAGCUACCCAGCCUGCCAUCUCCUCUCCCCGGCCAAGUCCACCAGCAGCAUUGAUCAGCUUGGCCACCUGCACAGCAAGAGAGACUCUGCUUACAGCUCCUUCUCCACCAGCUCCAGCAUCCUGGAGUACCCGCCCCCUGGCAUCUCUGGCCGGGAGCGUUCCAGCUCCAUGGACAUGACCUCUGCACGAGCCGGCCUGCUGGAAGGGAUGAAGCAGGCAGACAUUCGCUACGUCAAGACCGUCUAUGACACCCGGCGGGGAGUCUCCGCCGAGUACGAGGUGAACUCUUCGGCCCUGCUGCACCCGGGUCGGCAGACCGUGGAUAGCCAGGGCUAUGAGAAAUGGCACAGUGCUCCUCGGGGCAAGGGAGCGCCUCUUCCAUCCUGGAGCCAGCAGUGUCCCAGCUCCCUGGAGACUGCUGCCUCCGUAGACAACCUGCCUCUGAAAACAGGGGCACCUCUGCCGCCCACCCGGAGCGACAGCUAUGCGGCCUUUCGGCAGCGCGAACGGCCAGGCUCCUGGUCCAGCCUGGAGCAGAAGCGUUUCUGCCGGCCUCAGCCUGGCUUGGGCUCCCUGAAGGAGGCAUUGGGAGAGGACCAGCUGCACACAGUGCUGGAGAAAAGUCCCGAGAACAGUCCCCCCGUGGUGCCCAGGCACCAUUAUGGCCAGAAGGCCCAGCCCGGCCAGCCACUGCUACCCAGCAGCAUCUACCCGGUACCUUCCUUGGAGCCACACUUCGCUCAGGUGCCCCAGCCUCCUGCCAGCAGCAACGGCGUGCUCUACCCUGUGCUGGCCAAGGAGACAGCACACCCAGCAUCCCAGGGUGGGGGCGGCAGGGUGGCCUCCUUUGAUGAGAACGGGAACCAAAACGGGGCCAACAGGCCCACAGUGACCUUCUACCAGGCCACCGAACAUGAUCUGCCCUCUUCCAUGGAGAGGAAAUCUGAAACCACAGCCAAAGCUGUCCCCUACAGAGUCCAUUUCUCCUCAGUACCUGAAAACGCCGAGGACACCUCCUGGAAGAGACAUCUCACCCCUUACCAAGGCAACAGCGAGAGAAAGGGUCCCUACAGCCUCCAGUGCCCCGUGGCUCCAGUACAGCCAGUGAGUGAGGACAGGCCACCGUCCAGACCCUCAGAGCCCUGGGAAGGCGACUUCCAGGAGGAUCACAAUGCCAACUUCCGGCACAGGCCAGAUAGAGAAAACCUAGGCCAGGGCCUGACGACCAACUUUGGCAAAACCAAGUCAGCCUUCUCAUCUCUCCAGAACAUUCCUGACAGUCUCAGAAAGCAAAGCAGCCUGGAUCUCGCAGGGGGAGCCCAGGGAGGAACCCAGGGGGGCAGGCUCACCUGUGGUGGCAAUGCCCUGGUGGAAGACUCUGGAAAGAGGGCCACUCCUGAGCACAGGGGCCCCCUGGACAGGUCGGUGUGCUACCCACGGCCCGAGGGGAGAACCAGCGCCGCCUCCUCCUUCCACAGUUCAGACCUCACACUGGAAGAGCUGCGGAGCCCACCGUACCAGGAAGCAUCUGGCCUGGGCCGCAGGCGGCUCAGCUCCAGCAGUGCCUCGGCCUUGCAGGGCCUUCAGUACGGGAGGCCCCACUGCUCAGUGCUGGAAAAAGUGUCUAAGAUCGAGCAGCGAGAGCUGGGCAUUCAGAGAGCCCCGAGUGUGACCAAUUCCGGCCAGCACUACUGGCCCAACAAGACGGUGCCAGGGACUUGUGCGAACGAUCCAGAGGAACCAAAACCCGAUGUCCGCUUCUCCGAGUCGGCCGAGGCGCUGCGUAACGGAGAGCUACGCUUCGGAAAUGGGGACCCCAGGCUGGAAGAGGGCUCCUGGCCACCGGGCAGCCAGCAGCCGAGGAGGGGCAGUGCGGGUGGCCGAGGGCUUACCCUGCGAGCACCAGAACCCUCUAGGCCGGACGCCAGGCUGCUCCGCAGCCAGAGCUCCUAUCAGCUCUUCAGCGAGGAGGAAGAGGAGGCUGGCUGGCGGGAGGCGCGGCCCAGCACGCCCGAGUCGCCACCGCCGGAUGCCCCUUUCACCCGCGCCUACCGCAACAGCAUCAAGGACGCACAGUCUCGCGUCUUGGGAGCCACUUCCUUCCGGCGCCGUGACCUCGAGCCCGGGGCCCCGGGAGCAUCCAGGCCCUGGCGGCCACGGCCGGCCUCGGCCCAUGUGGGCCUGAAGAGCCCCGAGGCGCCAGCGCCCUCCGCCACUGCGCCCGCCUCUUCCCCGCACACGCCACGCGAGCGCCACAGCGUGAGCCCGGCUGAGGGCGCUGAUGCAUCCCGGGCCGUGCCCACCGCUGCUGCAGCCUCAAGGAGAGCGGGCCGCCGGCGCCUCACCCCCGAGCAAAAGAAGCGCUCCUACUCGGAGCCGGAGAAGAUGAACGAGGUGGGCGUCUGUGAGGAGCCCGAGCCAGCGCCCAUGGGCCCUCCCAGGCAGGAGCCGCGCUUCCCUGAGAGCACCGUGGCCGACCGGCGCCGUGUCUUUGAGCGCGACGGCAGGGCCUGCUCGACGCUCAGCCUGUCGGGGCCCGAGCUCAAACAGUUCCAGCAGAGCGCCCUGGCCGAUUACAUCCAGCGCAAGACCGGCCGGAGGCCCUCCUCGGCCGCGGCCGGCGGCCCCCAGGAGCCCACGCCGCUGCGGGAGCGCGCCCAGAGCACCUACCUCGCGCCGGGGCCUGCUGCGCACGACAGUCCGGGGCUGGGCUCGGCCACCAGCCUGAGCUCGCUGCGGGAACCCGCCCCGCAUCCCCGCAGGGAGGUCUCCGAGCUGCCACAGGGCCCGCGAGAUCGCAGCAGCUCCUUCGCAGGCGGUCGUCUCCUCGUGGAACGGCGACGCGUGGAACCCCCAACCCCGAGGGAGCUGCUGAGUGGAGCUCGUGGUGCACCGAGGGGCGCCCAGUGGUUGGACGAGACCCCUGGGGGACCUUCUUCCUGGGGAGCCAUGGCCAGCAGGGCCGGGAAGUCGGUGUCAGCUGAGGAUCUGCUAGAGCGCUCCGAUGUCCUGGCCGCCCCGGUCCACAUGAGGUCCCGGUCGUCUCCCACCGCAGACCACAAACGCCAGGAUGUGCUUCUGGGGGAAGAUGGUAGCUUCAGUGUGGGGAAGGACCCCCGUCCCCUGGCUGGUGCUGGGCCCAGGUCACUUGAUUGUACCAGCAGAGCUGGAGAAGAUAGGUCAUCGCGCAUCCAUCAGCUUACUCCACGCUGGACUGAACCAGGCUGCAAAGCCAACAUUCUUUCCGUUGGGCCCAGUGAAUGUCCUGCAGCCAGAGACCAGCAGAGGCAGGGUGGCAGAGGCCCCUGCCCCAGGCCACCCCCCUCAGCUGUGCCCGGGCCCCUUCUCGACCCCCGGGAGAACCCACCAAUGCUACAUGGCUCCCCUCAGCCUGCCCCGCUGCCUUUGACUUGCUGCUCCCAAUUUGCCCCUGACCAGCAGGCUGGAAGGGACGGGCAAGCAGGACGACAGCCCUUUCCAGUUAGCAGCUCUGCUGUGACAGCCCUCAGGGGUGAUGGGGAGACCGUGAGCCGGCCUCCGAGCCCCAGGGGCCCUGCACCCAGCAGCCCAGAGCCUGGGGAGGAAGAGGGCCUAAGGAAGAGGGUGUCACAGGCCCAGCGACCCCUGGCAGCUCGGGGGCGGUGGGUGUCCACAGGCCUGGAGGACAGCCUUCCCGGAGGGUCCUGCACCCCUGAGAAUGUGGACCCGAAGCCCUGUUGGAAGCAGUGGGCUCCCCCAAGCUCCUGCAGCACUUCCGAGCCAGCCUCGCCACCCGGGGUGCCCAACUUCCCUGGGAGGGUCUCUCUGCGGAUCUCAGAGUCCACGUUGCAGGCAUCCCCGCCGCCCCAGGACAAUGACAACGAUGACGUGUUUGUAAAGGACUCGCACCCCAAGGCCACGUCCAGCCCCAUGUUUGAAGAUCUGCCUCCACCCCCACCUCCUCCACCGAGCCAGGAAGGCCCUGCCGACAGCAUGGAGGACUUCCCUCUACCUCCUCCACCACCGCCGCCGCAGGCUGCCCCCCCAGCGCCCCUGGAAAGCAAGGAUGGCAACAGCGAGGGGUCCCACCCUGGCUCCAGAAAACUGUCCAGGGUGACAGCAGCGAGGGAACGGCACGUGCUUGGUGCAACCCGUCUUGCCGAGAGUCAGCGACUAGACUGCAGACCCUUCACUGCCCCUGCCAGGGACUCGGGGCCGCCGUCCACUGUGGGUGGCCAGCAGCCAGGCCCUGGACAGCCACCUCCACCCUGGGCUCCAGGCCUCCCCACCGAGGCAGCCAGCGGAACCCAGGCUCCCGCAGCACAAGUGGGUGCUGAGCCCCAAAAGACCUCGGAAGACAUCCGAACAGAGGCUCUGGCCAAGGAAAUCGUUCACCAGGACAGAUCGUUGGCGGAUAUUUUGGACCCAGACUCCCGCAUGAAGACCACCAUGGACCUCAUGGCAGGCCUCUUUCCCCGACGAGCUCACUCGCCGAAGGACAGCAGUGCAAGGGCCAAGGUGGCAUCCAGGACCCACAGCUGCCUGGGCCCUGAAGACAGGAGGAGUGAUGACCAGGAGGUGGCCAGUAUGCUAGCCGCCUGCCCCGCUGCCUACUACAGUGUGUCCGCGCCCAAGGCUGAGCUUCUGAACAAAAUCAAAGACAUGCCGGAGGAGGUGACCGAGGCGGAAGAGCAGGUGGAUGUUAACGAGAAAAAGGCGGAGCUCAUCAGCAGCCUCACCCACAAGCUGGAGACGCUGCAGGAAGCCAAGGGGAGCCUGCUCAUGGACAUCAAGCUCAACAACGCCUUAGGAGAGGAAGUGGAGGCGUGGAUCAGCCAGCUGUGCAAGCCCAACGAGUUUGACAAGUACAAGAUGUUCAUAGGGGACCUGGACAAGGUGGUGAACUUGCUACUGUCACUCUCGGGGCGCCUGGCCCGCGUCGAGAACGUCCUCAGUGGCCUUGGAGAGGAUGCCAGUAACGAGGAACGGAGCUCUCUGCACCAGAAGAGGAAGAUCCUGGCCGGGCAGCACGAGGAUGCGCGGGAGCUCAAGGAGAACCUGGACCGCCGGGAACGUGUGGUGCUGGACAUCCUGGCCAACUACCUGUCAGAGGAGCAGCUGCAGGACUACCAGCACUUCGUGAAGAUGAAGUCCAUGCUACUCAUCGAGCAGCGCAAGCUGGACGACAAGAUCAAGCUGGGCCAGGAGCAGGUCAAGUGCCUGCUGGAGAGCCUGCCCUCUGACUUCCUCCCCAAGGCUGGGGCCCUGGCCCUGCCCCCAGACCUGGCUAACGAGCCACCCCCAGCGGGUGGCGGCUUCCCACCAGCAGCCUCUUCCAGAAUGCCCAACCAAAAGAGCACCUCUCUCAGCACCGUUUAAUACGAGAAGACAUUUUGGUACAAGCUUUCUCGGGAU